CUUUAUUUUGUUUUGGCGUGGAGAUAUCCGUUUUCCAACAGAUUCUCGGCCCUUGUAGGAAGUAUUUCAGAAGAUGUCCUCGCCCCUAUCAAAGCCUCAGAUUAUCGCACACAUUCAGAAGAGUCUGAACUACACGGUGUUCGACAGCAAAUGGAUUCCGUGCAGCGCCAAGUUCGUCUGCUUGGGGAACUUUGCCAGAGGGACGGGGGUGCUCCAAAUUUAUGAAGUUCAACACGGCGAGGCUCUGCUCAUAAAAGAGGUGGAGAAAGCUAAAUCCAUAAAGUGUGGGACGUUUGGGGCCUCCUCUCUUCAACAAAGACACAUAGCAACCGGAGACUUUGAUGGAAAUCUCCACAUAUGGAAUCUGGAAGCGCCCGACGUGCCGGUGUACACCACAAAGGCCCACAAAGAGAUCGUGAACAGCAUCGACGGGGUCGGUGGCCUUGGGAUUGGCGACGGUGCUCCUGAGAUCGUCACGGGAAGUAGAGACGGGACGGUGAAGGUGUGGGAUCCCAGGCAGAAGGAUUUACCUGUGGCCAACAUGGAGCCUGUGGAAGGAGAGACCAAGAGAGACUGCUGGACUGUUGCCUUCGGUCACGCCUUCAACGAUCAGGACCGAUGUGUGUGUGCCGGCUACGACAACGGCGACAUCAAACUCUUCGACUUGCGGAACAUGUCUCUCCGAUGGGAAACCAACAUUAAAAACGGGGUUUGCUGCGUGGAGUUUGACAGGAAGGACAUCAACAUGAACAAACUGGUGGCCACCUCGCUGGAAGGAAAAUUCCACGUCUUUGACAUGAGGACUCAGCACCCCGCCAAGGGCUUCGCGUCCGUUUCCGAAAAGGCUCACAAAGCAACCAUCUGGCAGGUGAGGCAUUUGCCCCAGAACAGAGACAUCUUUAUGACUGCAGGGGGAGCAGGAAACCUACAUCUGUGGAAGUACGAGUACCCCGCGCAGAGGAGCAGGAAGGACUCUGACGGAGCGGAUGUGGGCGUCGCUGGGUCAGUCAACCUCUUGCAGAACGCCACUCUGUCCACUCAGCCAAUCGCCAGCCUGGACUGGAGCCCCGACAAGCAGGGCCUCUGCGUGUGCUCGGGUUUCGACCAGACCGUCCGCGUGCUCAUCGUCACCAAACUCAACGUGGCGUAACAG